AUGGAGCCUGUGCAUAUCCCUGCUGACCUGGUGGACCAACUGGAGCGACUGGCGCUGGUGGAUUUCCGCUCCAAACAGGGACUGGCUUGUUUGGAGGAAGCCAUCAGAUUUGCAGAUCAGCUUCAUGCUGUUGACACUUCAGGGGUGGAACCAAUGGAUUCAGUUCUGGAGGACAGGUCAUUAAACCUUAGGGAGGAUGCAGUGACGGAAGGGGACUGUGCUGAAGAACUGCUUCAGCUCUCCAAACACACUGUUGAAGAAUAUUUUGUGGCACCACCAGGAAAUAUUCCUCUACCAACGAGGGAGGAAAGGGCCACCAUACUGAAACACUCAGUCAUGAUAUUCAUUACAAAUAGUACAUUUUGGAAGUUAAAUAAAAACCUUAAGGUCCUGCAUUAAGAUUGUGUUAUUGUUAUUGUUCGGUUUCAUUUACACCUGCUGCAGUUUGGUUACUUCUCUUCUUAGUUUUGGUUUCAUGUCAGCAACAUGGUGAGUCAGCAGUGUUUGGACAACCUGUGUUAUGAGGAAUUCAUAAGGAAUGUUGUACAGGGC